CGCGUUCUUGAGUUCAUGUCAUAUUCCUGUUUGGCGCAUUCGCAGCAUGGCGCGUUUGGGUUGCUGGUGUUUUUUCCGGUUGGCAGUGUGGGUGUUGGGCGCUCAUUUUGUCUGUGCAGCGUUUGGGGCUGUGACUAAGAAAUGCGAUGAGGACAAGGCGAUGACGCUGUCGUUUGAUGGCACUCCGGCAGUUUUUCUCCAGAAGACGAGAGGCGGGCUGGUAAAGGUGACCAAAGAUCUCCCAGGAGUCGUCCUCCAUUUAAUCUCUGGUCGCAUCACACUAACGGUCCCCUUUUCUUCAUCGUACGCUCACGUUUCUGAACAGGGCUCCCAGUACGUCGUAACCAUUGCCGUUGGAUCUCGAACAAAUGUGAAAACCUUCACAUGCCCUAAACCAGCUCGCCGAUCUGGGAGUGUUGCUGAGAGAUGCACAGUGGCAGAUAGUGAGAAGCUCCCUUGUGGAGGGUCUUCAUCCUCACUCAAGCAGACUUGCACCCUGGAUGGCCAGUUUGUGGUGGUGGUGUCUGAGAAAGUGACCCUUCCUUCCCUGGAUCUCGGGUCAAUCCAGUUGGUGGACAGCAGUUCCCCCAACUGCAGCCCUGUGACCAGCCUGUCCAGCUUUGUCCUGUACCAGUUUCCAGUCAGUGCCUGUGGCAGCACAGUUCAGCUUUCUGGUGGCAAUGUGACUUACCAGAACACCAUGUCUGCUGCCAUCACUGUGAGGAGUGGUCCAGAGGGCUCCAUCACCAGGGACAGUGUCUACAA